GUCGUGCUUCCUGCCUUUGCGAGAGAGGGGACGGUGCUGACGGCUGGGAGGACGAAAGGAGAGACAAGAAAGCUUUAGGGAAGCUAUAAGAGAGAGGGGAACGGCCCAGGUUUCCACCGUCCGUCGGGAUCUAAACACCCCCAUUAUCUGUAGCUGCUGAAUCUGUCACCGAAUCGGCGCUGAAGAUGUCUACCAUUCGUCAGCUGAGCGAGAGCAGGGCCAUCCCGACCAGGACGGUGUUGAUCAACGACACAACGCAGCUACCUCAUGACUAUUGUACCACCCCUGGAGGCACUUUAUUUUCUACCACUCCCGGAGGAACCCGGAUCAUCUAUGACCGUAAGUUCCUGCUGGACAGGCGUAAUUCUCCCAUCGCCCAGACUCCCCCUGCUCACCUGCCGGUCAUCCCCGGGGUGACCAGCCAACAUGUCCUGAGCGAGAACAAGAAGAACGAAGCCAACAACCACAUCAACAACCGUGAUGGCAAGCCUGCAACUGGUGAUGAUGCCCAGUUUGAAAUGGACAUCUAACUAAUUGGAACCUCACCAACAGAAGAAAAUGACCUGGCAUUACACUUGCCAGAGGCUUGGCUUGUAGAAACCAAUGUUGUGAGCCCUCAUGGCAGCCAUCUUCUUUAGCUCUCUGUCUCGCUGCUGGAUGUAAUGUGUGUGUGUGUGUGUGUGUGUGUGUGUGUGUGUGUGUGUGUGUGUGUGAGUGUGUGUGAGUGUGUGUGUGUAUACUUCGGGGAUUCAGUACAUCAUACAUACAGGUUAAACUCUGCGUGGCCCUGGAAGCUAGGUUUAUUUGUAUUGGUUUCCAUGCUUAAGAGUCACUACCACACAGCUGGGAGCUGGCCUGAACAUUGAUUACCCAGACAGAUUGUCCAUUUGGUAGAUUGCAGUGCUCAUACAGCUUUCUGCAAGUCAAGAUUAUAAACAGAGCACACUGUACAUCCGAUAAUAUUCCAUAAUAAUUAAGGGACACUGUGUGGAAUAAGUGGCAAUUUUAGGACCUGGCCUUAGAAUCACUCAAAAGCUUUGAUAUUCAUCGCAGUCUUUGGUUUGGAAGACCCUUGUGAGCAUGUUUCUUUAAGUGAUUUAGUUUUUUUUGGAACUACUUGAAAAGCUCCACAAUCUAAUAUUGGUUGUUUGGUCUGUUUGGUUUCCUGUGAUGGUCUGUAAAGGGAUGCUGUGUUGUGUUUAUUUAGCAAAAAAGGUGAAGUUGUCAUGCCAUUCCAAGAUGUAAGAAUCCUUUACCAACACAGUUUUCAGUUUUCAGGGGUAAACUUUUCUUAUGAACGAACUUAAGGCUACGGUUUUGAUUGCUUUGUAAUAAUCAAAAGUUUCUAUUUCCCCCCCAAAAAAUAAGCUCAUUGUAAAUCUGAAACAAGCGUAUCAGUUACAGAAAUACUUAGGGUAGGUAACCCCCCCUAACCUUAACCCUUCAUUAUAGAAUAACAGUAUCAAGACACACAAUCAAGCUCAAAUGUGACCUUGUUAUGAAUCUUUUUAAACCUUUCUCUCCUGCCACAAAGAGUUUCUACGCUUUCUUUCAGAUUUGAGGGUUACUUUUGGUUUAGGCAAGAGAUUAGUUUUCACAAUUCCAACAUGAAUUCAUUUGAAACUUUGCCACAUCUGCCGGGUGUUUUUAAAUAUUCAGAGCAUUUAGAAUAUUGUGGAAAUGGUUUAUAGUCCGAUGCUCAUUUUCUGGGUGAACUGAAAUGAUCCAGAUGUUUUAUAUGCAUUUUAUUUUUGAAUACAGUUUUUUAGUAUUGAGGGUAUUGGUUUGGGUACAAGCACUGUCAAGCCUUGGAAUUUAUUUUAAGUGUCAUGGAGUUUGGAAGACAUUGUUUGCAUGAUGUUUGACAGAUGCUGUCCAUGAUCUACACAUCUGUCCCCAGUGUCCUUCAUGUAUCCUUUAUAGUUCAUGUGUCAUGCCUACCCAUGCCUUACUUCACAUCAAUGCAGUGUAAGACUUGGUUCCUUGUCGUCAAUUUGUACUUUCAAACAGAUUUUUAUUUUUUCACUGUAACAUUGAACAGGUAACAUUGUAAUCAGCAAUUGAACAAAACCAUUUUUUGACCUAAUUCAUUUCUUCAGAAAGCAGCUGUGAAGUUUGAAGUUUGAUGACGUAAAUCUCAUGUUUUGAGUUUUCAGUUCAGAUGGCAAUGUGGCCACAUGUUCCUGCAAUCCCAACAAUAUGUUGGGAGUUUUUUACACCACAAUGACAGUCCUGCCUGAUUAUUAUACUGAUAUACACCAGAUGCAGCUGGGCAAAUAAAUCUCCACGAAUGUCCUGUUUUUCAGUUGUAUGGCUGGACUCACUGAAUGGAUGAAUUGAUGUCUAUCGAAGAUUUUCCUUUUUUUCUUUUUGGCUCUGUCAUUCAUUCAUGGUCAUGUUUGCUGACCAACACUUUGAGGGAUUGUUUUGAACCCAUUUUGCAUUGCACAUUUUAAAGCGGUAAAACUCUUUGUAUCUGGCAUCAUAAUUCAGAAUUUCAAAUCUGUUUGGUUUGACAAUGAGGGCUUAACAUUGUUUGCUGACAGAGAUUUGAAAUAAAAAUGACUGUAACGUUCUGUUCUGAUUUUGAAUAACUUCAAAUGAAACUGCAAUGCCACUGGACAUUGUUGCUGCAAGAUCAAUAAAGUUCCGUAACAAAUAAA